AUGCAAGGCUCUUUCAACUCCCCAGAUACCCAUAAAUACAGCGUCAUUCUCCCGACAUACAAUGAACGCAAGAAUCUUCCAGUCAUUGUGUGGCUGCUGGCCAAGACCUUUACUGAAAACCAACUCGCAUGGGAAAUCAUUGUGGUAGAUGACAACAGUCCAGAUGGGACUCAAGAAAUCGCCAAACAACUGGCGAAAUUGUAUGGGGAGGACAAGAUAGUGCUCAAACCGCGUGCUGGUAAACUCGGUCUGGGAACUGCCUAUAUUCAUGGUUUGAACUUCGUUACCGGAGACUUCGUUAUUAUUAUGGAUGCAGAUUUCUCUCAUCACCCGAAGUUCAUUCCACAAUUCAUUAGGCUUCAGAAAGCACAUAACUUAGACAUAGUGACCGGUACCCGGUAUAGGGCGACCUCAAAGCCAUCUUCCCCAGACGCUCAACCCGGAGGGGUUCACGGCUGGGACUUCACCCGAAAACUCGUAUCACGCGGCGCCAACUUCCUUGCUGACACUGUCCUCAACCCAGGCGUGAGUGACUUGACGGGUAGCUUCCGGCUUUACCGCCUCCCGGUCCUCCGUCAUAUUAUUACGGAAACCGUUUCAAAAGGAUAUGUAUUCCAGAUGGAAAUGAUGGUCCGGGCACGCGCGCUUGGGUAUACCGUUGGCGAGGUGCCUAUCACGUUUGUGGAUCGCAUCUACGGUGACAGUAAGCUAGGCUCCAACGAGAUUGUAUCGUAUGCGAAAGGAAUUUGGGUGCUUUUCACGACAGUAUAA